AAGGACGACUAGCAUCACGCUAGUCUAGAGGGAAGGGGAUGACAUUCAUGUGGAAAAAAAAGUGCAAGCGAAAGUGAACUUUCACUUUAAUAGUGUUACAAGACUUUUCUUUCUUUUUCAGGGUGAGGCCGCGGGCCGUUGUGGAGCAGGUGCCGACGCCCUCGCUGUGAACCUGACACGGAACCAGGAAGUUAGUCACAUGCUGGUCCGAGUACGAUUUUGUUUUCCACAAAAUAAGAAGCGUCAUUAUAUCUACAGCACUGCCGGGCUGCCGCGCCAUUGUCAGAUACCGGAAGUUGUUGUCUUUUGCUCAAGUGAAGUCCUACUGUCCAUCCGUCAUUUAAAAAGAGAUCGUGGAGCAGCAUGGCGGAAUCCGAGAACGAGCCUGCGGCAGCGGAGCUGGUGCUGAGCCCCUCCAACGCCCCAGUGAAGAGCCAAACACCAGGCCCGGCACAGGGAAGUGAGGGCGCAACCGCCGGGCUCACGGAGCUGGUCGUAGCCGGCGCUCCGGUCGGACCUGUGGACCAGUUCAAGCUAAGGAAGUUCUUCGUACUGAGGCCAGGCACUCUGGAUCAGGGCAUCAAAGACGUGGAAGCUCUGGUGGAUAGAGACGCCGAUGGCACCAUUCUCAGCGUUUGGCUUAUGGCAGAGGUGGACCACUGGAACAAUGAGAAAGAACGACUUGCCAUCAUCACUGACAAACUUCUGAUGAUUUUUAAGUACGACUUUGUCAUGUUCAUCUGUGAACAAAUCCAGAAGAUUCCCCUGAACUUUGUGGACCGCAUCACUUACGGCACCUUCACCUUCCCAAGACACUCUCUGCUCCAGAGGGAGGGUGAAGGACUGCGGGUGUUCUGGGACCGACUGAGAGAACCUUCCUUCACUACCCGGUGGAACCCUUUCACCAAUGACCUUCCGUACGUGACCCUCACUUCCCACCCAGUGAGGAACAUCAGCGAGCCAUUGAAGAUGCUCUGCAAUAUCGAGAACUUCCGUGACCAGCUGAGAGAUGCAGCACAGAAAGCCCACACUCUCAACCCGAUCCCUGGGAAAGCCAAUGGAGUCCUGGUUCUGAACCAGAGCAUCCUUAUUGAGGCGUACGUGGGCCUCAUGUCUUUCCUAGGAAAUGGAAACAAGCUGGGCUACUGCAUGGCUCGAGGGAAGCUCGGCAUCUGAACUUCCCAUUUGUGAGUUCUUGUUCGGGGUUUUUACACAAGCCUGACGUGUUCUGCCAGAAUUGACCAAAGGUUUUGUGGGUUUGUUUGACUGUGUAGGUUCUGUUGUGAAUAGAUGUUCUCUGUGGUUUAAACAAGAGUGUGAUCCGUUUCGCAGCUUAUUACAAGUGCCUGUUGUCUGAGGGCUCCGAAAUAACCACAAUUCAACUCAGCUCUUGACUGGAUGAUGGAUCCCCGCUGUUUUCAAGCAGCUUUGUAUUUGCUCCUCAGUGAUAUGGUAAUUCAACGCUCUCGCAAUGGGACUCCUUUCUUCCUCCUCCAGUGUCUUAUUCCCAAGUUAUUCAGCGCUUCACAGAUCCACUGGAGCAUUUGUCUUUUCUCUUUAAUGCACUCCUGGAAUUUUUGCUUAAUUCUAGUCUUUAAUGUACAAUGCCCUGCCUUGUUUUUGAGUCUUUAGAAGCUCAUUUUACAUUUGUUAAGAACAUGUUAAACGUAUGAUAUUUAUAUUCGUUACCUCUGUUUAACUUCACACCUUAAACUCUGAAGUCCAGAUUUGUCACAAAGGAUAAAUAGGAUAAAUCUGUAAUAUGGUGAUAUAGAACUGUUGAAGAUUAAAUACACACUAUUUUACCUCUUUGUUUUGAAAUGACCCUUUUGAUUAAAUCUGCCACAGUUGUCCUAAGACUCCUCCAUGAUUCUUCCUCAUCUGAACGAUUUGCUGUGUUGUAUUUCAACUGUCAUGCAACAGAAGUAGGAAAUGUUUGGUUUGCAAUAACAGUAACGCGAUACGGCUCUCAGCGUUUCCAGACGAAAAGUUGUGAGGGCCAGCGGCCAAGUGUGUACUCAGCCUGUCAUCAGAACCAAAAUAGCUAGUCCACCUUAAGUGAGCCUGUCCGGAGGUUGUCACUAACAUCACGGCGCUCACUUGAGUCCGCCCGAGGAGUGAAGGAAACACACACACAGCAGACAAUUGGGCUGCCAAUUGCUUCAAAACCCUUAUAGUUGUAUAAAGUUGUGCUUUUGCAUUUUACAAGCAUCACAUUCCUUUUGACAUCUCUUGAUAAAUACUGCCAAAAUAAAUGGAUGAGAGAGUUGGGUGAGAACUGGCAAAGCUUGUCAAGCUAACAAGGUACAAGCUUCAAUUCUAAAAUCCAGGACUUUAGAUUUACAGUUGGAAAUAUUCCAAGCACUUUCCAGACUUCACCAUCGCACUCCACCAGUAUUUUCACAUCUGGUACAGACUUCAGCGGUCAAACGGUCACUUACACACUGAAAGUGGAGCUGAAACUCCUAGUUGUUCUUCUUUGUCCAUGGUGCUGGGAUAACGCCAGGAUAACUGGACUCCACAACCCUUUUGCUCUACUUUUGGUAACCAGUCCCUUCAGCUCAGGAACAUGCAAACAAUGCAUCGACUCCACUGGAACUGGUGUGUCAAGUGUGGACUGUUUUCAUGGCCGUAAUUGAUCCAUCUUUUUAUUGAUAUAAAUGCUCAUCGUGUUGAAGAAAAUUUAACAGUUCAAUAAAAAGUGUAAAAAAAAAAAAACCUCUCCCCAAACUGCAUGGCGUAUCAGAGUUGGCAGCAUACUGUCAUUGCCUACCUGUUCAUUGAUUUUGCAUGUGCUUAAACACAUACAUACCAUGCAUUUUUGUUUACCCCCGCCCUUGUGAAUAUAAAACUGUCA